AUGAGCGACGAGUCCGCGCCCCUGCUCGAGCCUCGCGAGGGCGCCGAUGCGCGCUCGCGUCGCGGACGCAUCGUGCGCGUCGCCGCGGCUGGUCUCCUUGCCGCCGGCGCCGUCGUCGCCGUCGCCGGCGGUUCCUCCAGGGACGCCGUCGCGCUGCUCCGAUCUCCCGCCACCAAGACCACCAUGCCGUCGGUUUCUCACCGCGAGGCGCGCCUCGGGGACGGACGGUGGGAGGAGAUCGAGGAGGCUAACCGGCUGAUGAUGGCGCAGGAGCGGCUGCAGAUGCAGGCGGACGCGCAGACCGCGGCGGUGGAGCAGAGCGCGUUCGAGGACCGCGAGGCCUCCGUCGCGCGCGCGGGCCCGGGAGAGCUCGCGUCGCCCGACCCGACCGCGCCCACCGAGAUUUCUCAACCCACCGCCGCGGCCGUCCCUUCCGUCGUCCCUUCCGCCGCCGCCGCCGCCGCCCCGCCCGGACCCUACCCCAUGGCCGACGCGAACGAAGGCGGCGGCCCGGUGUUCGUCCACAUCCCCAAGAACGGCGGCACGUCCGUCGAGCUCCUCGGAGCCUACUACGGCCGGAGGCUCGGGAUGUGCGCGGCGAAAGACCCCGACGAGUGGGAGGGUGCCCUCGGGUACGAGACCAUCCCGGGGUUCAAGUGCAACGUCUGGCACAGGCCGCCGCUGCCGCCCGCGACGGGGGACACGGCCGGCGACGGCGACGGCGACCUGUUCGACUCGGGCUCGGGCGUGAACCUGGGCAAGAUCGCCAACUCGUUUUGCAUGUCGCGCAACCCGUACGAUCGACUGGCGUCAAUCUACCGGUACAAAUCCGGACUGUACCCGGACAAGUUCGCGCCCACGUGCGAAUCUUUCUCCGCGUUUCUGGACAAGCACUUCGAGAAGCUCGUCACCAACCAGCUGCUGCGUUGCGUGCACACCGGGGAGUUUCACCCGUCGGAGUGCGAGUACCACGUGAGGGCGGACAUGGCCAAGGCAGAGGCGGACAUGGACGACAUCGAGCAGCACUCGUCGUACUCGGACGAGGACUGCCACUUCCUGCCCCAGUCGCUCUACACCCGCACGUGCGAGAACGUCUUCAAGGUUGAGGACUACGACGCCGCAGUCAUGCCCUACCUGAAGGAGCAGUUUGCCAAAUUCGGAGCCGCGGCGGCGGCGAGGAGCGAGGGCGCGUCCUCCUCCUCCGCCGCCCUGGGCGACGGCGACCAGGCCGUCGCCGCCAUGGGAGACUACAGGACGGACUGGUGGUGGAACCACGUGGGCAAGUAUCAGCAGCGAAAGGCGGGUUCGAGCGAGCGUCGUCCCGAGGUGGACGCGGAGACGGCCGCCGUGGGCGAAGCUGAGCUCGCCGCGAACGACGGGACUUCAUCGACCGCGGAUUCGACAACCGCGGAUUCGUCCACCUCCCCCUUGUCCUCGUGCACCUGGUCCGACGUGAGCGCGGAGACGAUCGAGCACAUCAAGUUUGCGUACCAGGACGAUUUCGACUCCCUGGGAUACUCCCCCGAGCCCCCGCCGGGUCCCCUGGACCUGUCCGGCAAGGACAAGACCGACUCGAUGGCGUCCCUGGGGGCGUCCGAGCUCCGAGUCGCGUCCUCGGAACCCAGGGAAAACGCUCCCGGUCGAAACUUUCGUUCGACCACCCCGCGGCGCGCUCGCCUCGGCUCCGUCGCCGCGGAUCGCCAGGCGAUGGAGGCGAAACUCGAGGCGCGAACCACGCAGCAACGCGACGCGGAUGAGUUUUUCGCCGCGUGGCUCGACGAGGACGCGGACGUGCGCACAGCUGUGCGCGGCGGUGCGAAGCUCGGCGCCGCGCCCGAGACACCGACCGAGCCGACUCGGUGGGGGGACGCCGCCGGCCAGCCCGUCGUUCGGGAGCUUCAGCCCCGGCCCGCGAAGGCGGGGCAGCUUCAGCCCGACGCUCGCGGCGGCGGCGACGACGUCUCCAACCCCGUGCGCGACGCCCUCGCGGAUCCCGACUCGGUCGGCCCCGGAAGCGGGAACGGGCGGGGUGCGUGGUGGCAGGGAAUCUGGCACGGCGGAUGGAAGGAGGAGGACGAGCAGCGCCCCGAAAACGGCCUGGGUGACGUGGAGCCCAAGCAACAGCAACAGCAACAGCAACAGCGCCGGCGGCGUCAAGGCGGGGAUCCCGCCGAGAGGGACGAGGAUCCCGCCGAGAAGAAGGAGCCGACUGAGGCGCAGAAGCGAUGGUGGAUGGAGCAUCACGGCGGCGUCGACACCCGCGUCGCCCCCGAGGACACCCGCGUCGCCCCCGAGGACACCCGCGUCGCCCCCGAGGACACCCGCGAGCCGCCGUCCGCCGCGGCUCCCGUCCCGGAAGAAGAAACCCCCGGGGAUGCCGACGCCGUCGACCCGGUGACGAUGAAGCGCCUCGAGGAGGCGGCGACGGCGUGUUCCGCGGCGUUUCCGAAGAAGGGCAAGGCGAACUUCCCGGCCAUCAUCAAGUCGCACCUGCUCGAGAUGCACCGCGAGCUCACCGCCGGUGCGGCGGGCGGCGCUGCGUCGUCGACGAUGCCCUCGGGUGACUCGGCGUCGGAAGCGUCGACGAUCCCCUCGGGCGCCGCGGACUCGGACGGAGGCGACGGAGGCGCGUCGUCGGGCAUGUCCGAGGAGGAGCGGGCCAUCGCGGCUGAGGACGCGGCGGUUGCCAAGGCGAUGGAGGAGGAAUCGGCCGCGUACGGCGUCCGCCCCACGACAGAGUCGGGGGCGGGGGAGCCGCAGCCGCAGGAUCACUCGGGGAGCUACCCCGAUCAGCAGCAGCGGGGAGCGCCCGGGGGGACGAUAGUAGAGGCGGCGCCCGUUAAAACCGAGGCGGCGCCCGUUGAAACCGAGGCGGCGCCUACCGAAACCGAGGCGGCGCCUGGCGAAACCGAGGCGGCCGGUUCCGACGACGACAUGUCGAGCCUGCGCGAGGAGCUCAAGGCUGAGCUCAAGGCUGAGCUCAAGGAGCAGCUGAAGCAGGAGCUGAUGCAGGACAUGAUGAAGGAGGGCGGCGGCGGCGGCGGCGGCGUGGUCGGAGCCGCCAGGUGA